AUGCCCGCUUCGUUGCCGGAGACCCGACUAAUGAAUCGUGUUGUAGCGACGCAUAAUUCCCCGCGAACCUGGUUCUUAACUUCAUCCUUGACCCCUCUGGCCGUUCGAUUGAUACGCCAAUUACUCACCCAUGGCGACUAUGUCGUCGCCUGUUUGCCGCCGCAAGAAAUCGAGCACGAUGAUCGUAGCGCCGAAUUUCGCGAACUUGUCAAUGAGUGUAAAAGCAAUCGAAAAGAUAGGGAAGGAUGGAAGGACCGCAUUAGGAGUAUACGCUGCGAUGGCCGCGUAAUGGGCCAAUGCAGUGCGGCGGUGGCGGAGGCCAAACAUGUGUUUGGCCGCAUUGAUAUAUUGUUAUGUUGUACAUCUGAAGCUAUUGUUGGAACCGUAGAAGAGCUAUCUACUUCGCCGGCAACGCAAAAUCUCGUGCGCGAUCAGUUCGAAACCAUUUUCUUCUCCCAAGUAAAUUUCAUCAAAGCCUCGCUCCCGACGUUUCGCGCCCAGCAUACUGGUCAUAUUAUGAUCCUCACUAGUCUUGGUGGACAUAUAGGCACGCCCGGAAUGCCUAUAUAUACGGCAGCAACGUGGGCACUAGAGGGAUUCUGCGAUUCACUAGCUUACGAGGUUGCGCCCUUUAAUAUUAAAGUAACCAUAGUACAGCCACAUAAGGAGAUACAAUCUUUAACUAACAAGAUUAUUUUCUCUCCGUCGUUACCUGUUUAUGACAGCGAGAAUAACCCGGCACCGAGCGUCAGGGAUAUGCUCACAAAUGUGUUAAAUCUAAACUCGGAAACGGCCCUCGAGCCCUCAGAGACGGAAAUCAUUCAAAGAUAUCCGAAGCUACCCCCUUCUUCAAUGGACCGUCUCGUGGGUGAAACGGUAUACGCCCUCACUGCUAUCGGUGGACAUGAGAAUCCUCCGGCGCGUCAUAUUGUGGGAUUUGAGGGAGCCGAGGCUGUAAAGGAGAAAUUAAAGACGGUGACGGAAGAGCUGGAGGACUUCGUCGAAGCGAGUCUCGCCGUUGAUAUUUUCGACUCGGAACUAAAAAAUGAAGCUACGCAAGGUAAGGUAAAACCUGAAGGAAAAGCUGAAGGGUCGGGAGGUUCGCCAAGCGUCACAUCAUCUUAG